UUAAAAAUUUUUAGAUUUAAAAAUGCACAGAAACUUGUUUGAUAACACUCUUUGUUGAUUACCAGAGGCUGGAUAAAAGAUUUAUUGAUUAAUUGAUUAACUAAUGAGGAUGAAUGAAGAAUAUAGUUGGGUUCCACCUGGGCUCUCCCAAUCCAGGAUAGAAGAGUACAUGAAACAGCUCCCGAUUAAAAAGGUUCCAAGGAUUGGGACGGAUGGAGAAAAGUACAGAGAAAGACAGUUAUCCCUGCAGUUGCCAAAAGUUGAUAUUUCAAGCAAAUAUUGCAGCUAUCUGGACCCAGUAAAUCAGAUAAGCUAUGAAGGAUUUAUAUCUGCUAGAAACGAUAUUGCUCUUGAUGUUGGACAUGUUGUAGAUUUCUGUAAAAACAGAGGUCAGUGUAGCGGCUGUGAUAAAACCCUGACAGCUGGUAGUUUAGCUGUGUGCGCCCCGAAGCUCCCAACAAAUCUUUAUCAUCCUGGAUGCUUUACUUGUACACAGUGCCAGGAACUUCUGGUGGAUUUAACCUACUGUACAUACGAAAACAACCUAUACUGUGAACGACAUUACGCAGAAAG